AUGACUUCCAAGUUACUUGGAGGUAUAACUCUAGCAGUGCUGCUAGGAAGCAGCACUGUGACGGCUGGAUCGUUGAAAGACAUUGAGCACGUAGUCCUCUUCAUGCAGGAAAACCGUUCGUGGGACAGUUACUUCGGUACCAUGGCUGGAGUCCGUGGCUUCAAUGAUCCAAAUAUUCAGGUCAACCCAGAUGGGAACUCAGUUUGGCACCAAGUUGUCGAUCCCAGCCAGUCCAAUGAUACCAAGACCUUGCUUCCUUGGUAUCUGGGUCAUAAGGGCGGUGACUGGAGUGACGCCAUUCAGUGCAUGGUAGCUGGUAGCAAUGGGUACCAGGAGAAUCAGGGUUCUCUGAACAACGGCUCCAACAACCACUGGGUGACCAAGAAUACACCCUGGAGCUGGGGACAUCUCAAACGUCAGGAUAUUCCAGUUCAGUUUGCCAUUGCUGAAGGUUGGACUUCGGGAGACAUGUACCAGGAGAGUCAAAUCACUGCCACAAACCCUAAUCGGGUUACCCUCGUUAGCGGCUCUAUCAAUGUGCCUGGUAGUCCUCAGACCAAGGACCAGGGUGGUGUGUACAUUGACAACAAUGAGGUACCAGGUUGUGACGAUCAUGGUAUCAACUGCUAUCCGCUCAAGUGGAAGACCGUAUAUGAAUUCUACGAAGAAGCAGGUGUUUCUUGGCAGCUAUUCCAAGAUACAAACAACUUUGACGACAAUCCUUUGGCUUGGUUCCAGCAGUUCCAAAAUGCCUCAAAGAACAGCCCUCUCAACCAGAAAGGCAUGUCAUUUGUGAGCCUCGACGCAUUCUAUCAGCGAGCUGCCAAUGGAACAUUGCCUGAGGUCAGUUUCAUUGUUGGCCCUGCCGAGUUGUCAGAGCACCCGCCCUACAUGCCGAAAGAUGGAGCUUGGCUGCAGAAGAAGGUCGUUGAUGCGGUUACCAAUAGCCCCAAGUACAACUCCACCCUCCUGAUGGUCAGCUAUGACGAAACUGGUGGCUUCGGUGACCAUGUCACUCCAUUCCAUUCCCCUGCGAACACACCAGGAGAAUGGAUGAAAGAUCCUUUGGGUCUGUUCUCCGAUAUUUUCUCAGGGCCUGGGUUCCGGGUUCCUUUCUAUAUGAUCUCUCCAUGGACACGAGGAAACCGUGUGUUUACUGAGCGAGCAGACCACAACUCCCAGAUCUUGUUCGUUGAGGAAUGGCUAACAGCCCGAGGCUACAAAAACAUCCAAACUGACCAGAUGGUGUCUUGGCGACGUGAACAUAUGUCCAAUCUGGUCAACGCCCUCGACUUCGAGAACCCGGAUUACUCCCUUCCCAAGCUGCCCGAUGCACAGACGCCAGACACCAAUUCCAAGGGAGGCUACACCGGUACCUCGAACUGCCAAUCCCGUCACUCCCAAACCCGACCUCCAGUCCCAUACGGCGAGCAGGACAAUGCAACCGAUACCAACGGCCUCUGGUUCGAAGAAGGAUACAAAGAGGUAGUCGGUUACCUAACAGAAGGUCGCUAUCUAGUCUUCGAGAAAGAUGGAGAAGCCCUCACAAACCCAGGUAACGGCAAAUCCCUCAUCACCAGCCCAGCAACCUCCCAGCACAAUGCCAAGUCACAGCGGUGGGUCAUCCAUUACACCCAAGACCAGGAGAGCCAGGUCUUUACCAUGUCCAGCGCUCUGGAUGGCAGAUGGCUUGGAGCGAAUAAUGCCAUGUUGCCUAAGAACGAAAGCGCAAAUGCCGUCAAGGUGCGAUUCUCAUUCAAUGGAAAUGGUCGCGGCCAUUCCAUUCAACACCUUGAUCAGGGACAUUAUGUCGAUAUCAACACUCAGGGGCGUAAGAGUGGGGCUGGUGGCUAUAAGGUCUUUAGUGUUUCAUAUCGUGAUUAA